CCGGGUCGUGUGGCAAGAGAGGCGCGGGACGGAGGGGGAGCUGAGUGUCUGACGGUCGGGGCCUGGAGAGGGCUCUGGCAACCACUUCUCCAAAGACUCCUGGUUCCGUUUACUGGAAGAUGGUAUUUAGAAGCCAAGUUUUGGGCACUGAGUUUGAGCUUAUUUCUUAAUUGACAUAUUUGUGAGAUUCCUGGGUGAAAUGCUAAACUGGCCCGUAUACACGGAGGUGAAAAAAUGACUGAAGAAAGAGGCAGACCACUCCAGAUGCAGGGGAGACUGGGAUGGAGAGUUCAGAGUUGCCUCCAAAGCAGGAAAUUUCUAAAGGAUCAAAGUCAUCUUCUGACGGGACAUCAGGAGUCCUCUAUGGGGUGGCUCCUGGCAGACCAGAAGCUGAAGAUACCUGUGAAGAUGCUUUAGAGAAGCUAGAAGUGCAACCCUCAGAUGCGGAAGGGAGCCGACUGGAAAGUGCUUUCUUGGAAAGAACAUGUGAGGAUAAAAAUAAAUCCACCAAAGAUGGAUGUGAUGAAUAUAAGGAACUUGAAGAACGUCCAGAUCUGCCCUCCAGUCCUGCAGAACGUCAAGGAGUUCUGAAGGCACAGAAAUUCUAUCAAUGUGAUGAAUGUGGCAAAGCUUUCAAUUGGAGUUCGCACCUUAUUGGCCAUCAGAGAAUCCACACUGGAGAGAAACCCUAUGAGUGUAAUGAGUGUGGUAAGACCUUCAGGCAGACCUCUCAGCUCAUAGUUCAUCUCAGAAUCCACACAGGGGAAAAGCCCUAUGAAUGCAGCAAGUGUGGGAAGACCUAUCGGCACAGCUCCCACCUCAUUCAACACCAGCGACUCCACAAUGGGGAGAAACCAUAUAAAUGUAAUGAAUGUGGAAAAGCUUUCAAUGAGAGUUCCAAACUCUAUGACCAUCAAAGAACCCAUACAGGGGAGAAACCGUAUGAAUGCAAUGAGUGUGGAGCAACCUUUACUCGGAAUAAAAAUCUUGUCCGACAUCAGGUACUUCACACUGGCAAGAAACCCUACAAGUGUAAUGAGUGUGGGAAAGCUUUCUGUUCUAAUAGAAAUCUUAUUGACCAUCAGAGAAUCCAUACUGGGGAGAAGCCUUAUGAGUGUAAUGACUGUGGCAAGGCUUUCAGUCGGAAUAAAAGUCUUAUUCGACAUCAGCGCCUCCAUAGUGGGGAAAAACCUUACAAAUGUCAGGAGUGUGGGAAAGCCUUCAAUCAGAACUCUCAGCUUGCUGACCAUGAGCGAAUUCAUACUGGAGAAAAACCUUUUGAAUGUAGUGAGUGUGGUAAGGCAUUCAGCCUGAGUAAAAGUCUUAUUCGACAUCAGAGACUUCACACAGGUGAAAAGCCCUAUAAAUGUAAUGAGUGUGGGAAAUCCUUCAAUCAAAACUCAUACCUCGUUAUACACCAGAGAAUUCAUACUGGUGAGAAACCUUACGAAUGUAAUAAGUGUGGGAAGGUCUUCAGUCAUAAUUCUAGCCUUAUGGUACAUCAGAGAACCCAUACUGGGGAGAAGCCCUAUAAAUGUAAUGACUGUGGGAAAGCCUUUAGUGACAGCUCACAGCUCACUGUCCACCUUAGAGUGCACACUGGAGAAAAACCCUAUGAAUGUAUUGAGUGUGGGAAAGCCUUCAGUCAGCGUUCCACUUUUAAUCACCACCAGCGAACUCACACUGGAGAGAAGCACUCAGGACUGGCGCGUUCAGUUUCUUAAUGCAUAUAUUUUCAAGACAGAGAGCAAGGAACUUUGAAUCAAGCUUUCUUUGUAAGACGUAGGCUCAAGCUGUUUUUUUGGGAUCUUUAAUCAAAGUGGGCCAUUCCCUAAAUGCUGUCUGCUGGGUCACGGAGGUGGGAGAGGGAGUAAUAAUGUUGGAGAAGUAAGGACUGCACAUUUCAUCUACUUGUAGGAUUUCCUUUUUUCUUUUUUUCUCUUUUUUUUUCUAUUUAAAAUCAAUCUCAUUUCUUAGUUAUUCAUCCUGUAAUCAGAUUGUGUAGUUCUCAAGGAUAGAGAUUAUUUCUUUUCUAUUCCUCCUCCUUUUCAUCAAUUUCAUCAAGUCAUUCUCCAAGACUGAUUCAUUUUCUUUCUCUUUGCUGUGGCCCUUUUAAAACUUCCCCUUUAAUGUAGACCCUCAUUAUUUGUGUUCCCUACUAGAAAACCUUUUCUUCUUCCUGCUUGCUAAUCUCUGUCCAUCAGAACCUUUUAAGAUCCAGCUCAUUUGUGAAAGACCUUGUUCUCGCAAUGCUUCUUCAUUCCUUCUAAACCUCUAUUGAUUUGACCUCAAAUUUUGAAUUAGUCUGUACUACAAUUUGCAGUUAUUAGGUUGGUGCAAAGUAAUUGUAGUUUUUGCAAUUGUUUAGUUUUUAAACUGCAAUUAACUGUUGGUAUGAAUGUAUACACAUAUGCAUUAAGUUGACAACUAAUAAAUUGCCUUGUUACUGUCAACUUAAUGCACAUGUGUAUACAUUCAUACCAAUUUAAUGUAGGCUCUUUGAAGUUGGGUGUGGUAUGUUUUUCGUUUGCAGAUAGAUAAUAAUUUGUACUAGUUAAAUAAUUUUUAAAAACUCAACUCUCCAACUGAACCAUUUUUAAACUGGGCAUGAACUCCCCUCCCACCACUGGACCAAAAAUUUUAAAGAUGGAUACCAUAGGAUGUCAUACAAAUGCCACAUUCAUAUUUUUCACUUGUACCCCUGGGAGUCUUACUACUGUUAUCACCACCUCAAAGAGCUCUUGGAUUUGUGUUUGAGUUUUGGGGUGUGUGUGUGUGUGUGUGUGUGUGUGUGUGUGUAUCUAGGUAUUGGAGUUGGCAGUCGUGUCCCAUUGAUAAGCACUUUUCCCUGCACACUGACUCCAGUGCUGAACUGGCUCUACCCUGCUGCCAAAGUAAACAAGUUAAGAAUUGCCUCAAAAUUUACUGCAAAGAAGACCUUUCUUUCAUGGCUGUGGCAAAGUUGAUUAGAAGUCUCAGAAGCAUUCUUGGAAGAUUGGAAUUCACAGUGAUCUGUUUUGUUGCAAGAUAGUAGAGUCAAAAUAGUCUGAUUUCCUUAUCAACUAGUUCUGUCUACCUACAACUGCCAUCUAAUUUCAAGAUGAGAAGUGUACCCUUAAUUACUGUAAUUAUUUUCUGGGCUAUCUUUUCCGAGUAUUUCCUCUCUUUCUAGUCCUGUAUCAGACAUAAGCUUGAACAACUUUUUUCUUUCACUGUUACAGUUGGGCCCCAGGGUUGGGGACCUUUGCCUCUGGUGUCCAUCCCCUUCCUCUUAGCAGGACCAUAGGAUCGACUGUGAUAAAGGAGGAGAAAGAAGUUAGAGGGACAAUGUCAAGUAUGAACCUGGAGAAACGAGGAUUUUGUGAGCUGCGAUUUAUAUCUCAGAGACAAUGGAAGAAGGAAAAGUGUUGAGGCUCAAGAAAAUAAGAAUUAGAUGUGAUUCUGGGACAGACAGCUCAGACAUGGUUAGAAUGUAUGUUGGGGUCUAAAGUAAAAGAGAUGUGAAACUAAUUAGCUUUAUUUGGCAUGUAAAAUUACAUGGGAUGCAUUGUCAAAUAAAAAAUGAUAAUUCUUAGGUUACAUGUGUAUGGAUAAAUAUUACUAUUAUAAGCUAUCCAAAAAUUGUUUGAAGUGCAUAGAAAUUUGUCAGUAUCCUCUUUGUCUAGUUGGUAUUGUAUGCCAGGCAAAGAACUAAAUUUUCUUAUCAAGUGAGCUCUUAUCAGAUCUCUAACCAUGGCAAUUUUAAAAAGUGUUUUAGUCAUGUAUAGACAGUUACUGUUUACUCUGAUGCUUUUGCAGAACUUCUUUAUCUUCAGAGAGAUUUAUGAAAGGACUCUGACACAUACUCUAGAAUACAGGUUUCUGAUAACUUUAAUACCACUUUAACUAAACUAGAUAUGAAUCUUCAGAACUCUAAUGGAAAAAUUGGAUUCAAGGAGAACAAGAAUAAAUAACAUGGGAUUAAAUGAAC